GAGCCCUUCUCUCUCAACAGCACCUGGCAGGAAGGUGGCCAUCAGAAGCAAAGGAACGAAUGGGCAGAGCGGAACUUCUAGGAGGGAACAUGAGUAUCCAGGAUCCCUCAGAGCUGUGGGGUCGAUCCGAUGGAGGAGCAGACCUGCUCCAGGACUUGGGGUGGUAUCAUGGCAACCUCACACGCCAUGCAGCUGAGGCGCUUCUCCUCUCCAAUGGACGUGAUGGUAGCUACCUACUAAGGGACAGCAAUGAGCAGACCGGACUCUAUUCUCUCUCCGUGAGAGGCAAAGACUCUGUCAAACACUUUCACGUCGAAUACACUGGGUACUCGUUUAAAUUUGGCUUUAAUGAAUAUUCAACUUUAAAGGAUUUUGUCAAGCAUUUUGCAAACCAGCCUUUGAUAGGAAGCGAGACAGGGACUCUGAUUGUUUUGAAACAUCCUUAUCCAAGAAAAGUGGAAGAACCUUCCAUUUAUGAAUCAGUCCGGGUCCACACAGCAAUGCAGACAGGAAGAACAGAAAAUGACCUCGUGCCCACUGCACCUUCUCUUGGCACCAAAGAAGGUUACCUCACCAAGCAGGGCGGCCUGGUCAAGACCUGGAAAACAAGAUGGUUCACUUUGCAAAGGAACGAGCUGAAAUAUUUCAAAGAUCAAAUGUCACCAGAACCAAUUCGGAUCCUAGACCUAACGGAGUGCUCAGCCGUUCAGUUUGAUUACUCACAGGAAAGAGUAAACUGUUUCUGCUUGGUGUUUCCGUUCAGGACAUUCUAUCUCUGUGCAAAGACAGGAGUUGAAGCUGAUGAGUGGAUCAAAAUACUGCGAUGGAAGCUGUCAAAAAUAAGAAAACAGCUGGAUCAAGGAGAGGACACUGUCCGAACUCGGUCAUUCAUCUUCAAAUAGAACUUUCUUGGCUUUUCUUGGCUCAAGGGCAAGGUGGAAUGUUCCAGGUGCUCUGGUCUGUGGCAGGCUUCAGAGGAAAGGUCAUUAAGGGAGUUCCUCAAACAAAAACAAACACAAAGCAGACCGUGGUCUGGAGCUGGAUGCUGUUUGCUGAUACACGGAAAACAGCUGGCAGGACCCGGCCAUCUGCUCAAGAACACAGAAGCAGCACCCCGCUGAUGCAAACUGCCUAACCUCCACUGCCAGGUGGAGCCACUCAGAACACAGCACAAGAUGAAGAGCUGGUUUGCUCUCUCAGUGGCUUAGGCUUGUUGACUUUAGUUGCCUGGCUUCCUGCCCCAAGUCACGGUCAGCACAACUAAGCUUCAGAUGUGUUCUAAACAGCAAGGAAGCGGCAAUACAUUGGGAGCGCAGGCUCUUUAAGAAAGCAAAAGCAAGAUAAUAAAUGCCAAGGACUUUCAAAGGAGGGGCUGCUUUCGUUUUGUUUAUAUACAAAAACCUCAAGAAGGGCUGGAGAGGUGGCUCAGUCAUUAAAUGUGCAUCUGCUCUUGCAGAGAACCUGAGUUCAGUUUCCAGGAUCCACAUCAGAUGGCUUGCAAACACCCAUCUCUCCAUCUUCAGAGGGAUCGGAUACCCCUGGCCUCCUUGGGCA